AUUUCCCUGGACGAGGAACGAUCACCAUGGCAGGGCUCCUAGACAUCACCCUGAACGAAGAAGCGUACGUCGCGCUCCUCGGCAAGCUGAUUAGCGUCGCUGAAAAAGUGCAAAAUGCCCCCGGUUUGGGACUCGUCCCUCAGGAAGACCUCGUCACAGACUUCGUCUUGGAGGAACUCAAGCCGUACUUGAAGCAAAACGGCGGACCUAUUGACGCCCAGCGCAUUGGAUUCAAGGAAGGUCGUGGAAACCUCAUCCUUCAAAUCGCCGGGUCGACCAAGUCGACGGAAACGAUCAACUUUGUCGGUUCCCACUUGGAUGUUGUCCCCGCAAACCCCGAAGGUUGGGAGCGCGAUCCAUUCACGUUGAGCGUGGAAGGUGACAAGCUGUACGGUCGCGGAACGACUGAUUGCUUGGGGCACGUCGCUCUUGUUACUCAACUGUUCAUUGAAUUGGCGAAGAACAAGGUUGUGACCCAAAAGACCGUGACAGCUGUUAUGAUCGCGUCCGAGGAAAAUGGUGAAAUCGCGGGCGUUGGUGUCGAAGCACUGAUGGAAACCGGAAAGAUCGACUUUUUGAAGAACGGACCGGUGUUGUGGGUCGAUUGCUCGGACAGCCAGCCUUGCAUUGGCACUGCUGGUGCGUUGACGUGGUCUAUCAAGGCUACGGGCAAGCUCUUCCACAGCGGGUUGCCGCAUCUUGGCAUCAACUCGCUGGAGCUUGCCAUGGACGCGAUGAAGGUGAUCCAAGAUCGAUUUUACCAAGAUUUCCCGACCCACAAAGAUGAAAUCCCGUACAACUUUGCCUGUGGUUCGACGAUGAAGCCAACUAAGAUCGAAAGCUCUACCAACGGCAUCAACCAAAUUCCUCCCUGGACCAAGAUCACGGGUGACGUUCGUCUGUCGCCAUUCUACGAAAUUCAAGACGUCCGCGACAAGCUCCAAUCGUACGUGGAUGACUUAAAUGCCAACGUCACUUCGCUCGAGUCGCGUGGCCCGCACUCCAAGUACACGCUGCCCAAGGAGAACUUGGUCGGGAAGAUUGAGCUGACGCUCGCUGAAAACUUCAUGGAGGGCAUUGCAUGCUCUCUCGAGUCUGUCGGGUUCAAGUCGUUCGACGAAGCCACGAAAGCGAUCAAGGGCGUGAGCGAACCGUUUGCGAUCAUGGGGAGUUUGCCACUGGUGCGCGACCUUCAGCGCGCUGGCCUGGACCUGACCCUUGCCGGAUUUGGCAAGAGUUCGGUCUACCAUGGUGACAACGAGUACUGUUCGCUCACCGACAUGAAGGAUGGUCUUCGCAUCCUCAAUCGCUUCAUCCACAACGUCGACAACGCGUAAGGGUUUCGUGUAAAUACAGGUUUGACCCAGUCUAUUUGUAAAACUUGGGAGUCUCGUCAAUCCUGCUUCCCUCUUGCCUGUGGCCACCCCAAUUACGAGAUUUCGAUCCAAGCAAACAUUGACUUCUUCGACUGGACGACGACCUGAAGUCCAGACGAAGGAACCGCUGAGAAAUCAAUGAGCACA